CACGCGGCGGGGGCCGGACGCAGAGAGGGGGCGCGUGGCUGCCGGCGGGGACGCACCCACUCAGUAGCUGUGUCGCCGGCUGCCCCGGGGCCUGGAUAGUGAGGCUGCGUGGGCCCGACUGCCGGCUGGAGGACUGCAGGAUCUUCUGUUGCCUAGGCUACCCUUGUAUUCGAAGUAAUCCUCCUGCUUCAGUUUGCUGACAGCUGGGAUUGCAGGUGUACUUGGCCACCAUGAAGCCCCUGCCCCGCACCCUCCCUAGCUGCCUCCUGUUGGUGUUGUUUGGCAUAUGGGGAACUGCCCCCCAGACUCGGGCCUCCUCUGCUACCGUGCCGCCCCUCAGCGCCACCUCCUUCCUGGAAGAUCUCAUGAAGCGCUAUGGGGAGAAUGACAGGCUUACGCUGCCGCAGCUGAAGGCCUUGCUCAAAAACCUGGACAUGGGAGUGGACCGGGAUAACGUUACUCGGCCCAAGGAAGGACACAGGAACCUCUCCACGUGCUUUAGCUCCGGAGACCUCUUCGCUGCCCACAAUUUCAGCGAGCACUCUCAGAUCGGGAUGAGUGAGUUUCAGGAGUUCUGCCCCACCAUCCUCCAGCAACUGGAUUCCCGGGCUUGCACCUCCCAAAACCAGGAGAAUGAGGAAAAUGAGCAGUCAGAGGAAGGGAAGCCUAGCGCCAUUGAAGUAUGGGGGUACGGUUUCCUCUGCGUUACCGUCAUCUCCCUCUGCUCCCUCAUGGGGGCCAGCGUGGUGCCCUUCAUGAAGAAGACUUUUUACAAGAGGCUGCUGCUCUACUUCAUAGCCUUGGCGAUUGGAACCCUCUACUCCAACGCCCUCUUCCAGCUCAUCCCCGAGGCAUUUGGUUUCAACCCUCAGGACAAUUAUGUCUCCAAGUCUGCGGUGGUGUUUGGGGGCUUCUACCUUUUCUUUUUUACAGAGAAGAUCCUGAAGAUGCUCCUGAAGCAGAAAAAUGAGCACCAUCACGGACACAACCAUUUUACCUCCGAGACUCUGCCUUCCAAGAAGGACCAAGAGGAGGGUGUGAUGGAGAAGCUGCAGAAUGGGGACCUGGACCACAUGAUUCCUCAGCACUGCAACAGUGAGCUGGACAGCAAGGCGCCUGGCACGGACGAGAAGGUCAUCGUAAGCUCCAUGUCUGUGCAGGACCUGCAGGCAUCUCAGAGUGCUUGCUACUGGCUCAAAGGGGUCCGAUACUCUGAUAUUGGUACCCUGGCUUGGAUGAUCACCCUGAGCGACGGUCUCCACAAUUUCAUCGAUGGCCUGGCUAUUGGUGCCUCCUUCACCGUGUCUGUUUUCCAAGGCAUCAGCACGUCGGUGGCCAUUCUUUGUGAGGAAUUCCCACACGAGCUGGGAGACUUCGUUAUCCUGCUCAAUGCUGGCAUGAGCAUCCAGCAGGCUCUCUUCUUCAACUUCCUUUCUGCUUGCUGCUGCUACGUGGGUCUGGCCUUUGGCAUCCUGGCUGGAAGUCACUUCUCUGCCAACUGGAUUUUUGCACUGGCUGGAGGAAUGUUCUUGUACAUUGCUCUAGCGGAUAUGUUCCCGGAGAUGAACGAGGUCUGUCAAGAGGACGAAAGGAAGGACAGCUUCUUGGUCCCCUUUGUCAUCCAGAAUCUUGGCCUCCUGACCGGCUUCUCCAUCAUGCUGGUCCUCACAAUGUAUUCAGGGCAGAUUCAGAUUGGGUAGGACCCUGCCGGUGGGGAGCCAGUGGCAUUGCACAUCGGACUCUGGGCCUAAUGUCCCUGGCCUGAGGACUCAGCAUUCAUGAAGCAUCAUAGAUGAGGUAGUUCUUUAAAGACUGGCACACACUGCCUGCCUGCAUUCAGAUGUCAGCUGUUUGAAAACGUUCUGUCCUGGGAAGAACCUGCCCUGGGACUCUCUAGGUAGUGCCUCAAACCGUCUCCCCGACCCUUUUCACAGAUGAUUUUGGAACUGAAAUGCCUCGUGUAGGACACACCUCUCUUCCUUCUGAUCACCCUCGUCUGUCUCUUUCUCUUGGAGGAAGCGCUGAGAGAUGUUGAAUCUUUUACAAUGUAAAAGCAAAGCCAAUGGUCAUGGUGUGGUUAGAAAUAUCAGGGUGGUUUCCAGCUCUGGAGCCCAUGAUUCUGAACGUGUGUACCCUGGGCUUGAAGUCGGUCCAUCUUGACAUGGGUUCUUAUGUUUUUACAGAGAAAGGACAGAAGAUAGGAAUCUCGUUUGUUCUCAGUCUGUGCAGACUGGCAUGCUGAGCAGAUGAGUCAGGGGUUCACCUUGAGGGACAAGGAGAACUGACGGUGGAUGUCCUGUCUCCUUGGUGCUCUCUGGCCCCCUCUAGGAUGCUGGAUGCUGAUGUGCGCAGCAUCUGUGUCACAGAGUCAGCCAGGCGAGCCACUGUGGAUGCCCUCUGGAGUGGCACAAGGUCUGCGCCAAACCAAUUCAUUUUGCCCUGAUUUUCACACACACCCUCUUGGCUUCCUUUUCUAGAUACUUUUUAGAUGCCUCACUAGAAGCACAUUUAAGAUGUUUGCAUUAGAGGGGAAACUGCACAUUUAAUCUCCCCUGGUCUAGACUUCUGCCAAGUAGAACCUGACCCAGUAUCGGGAUGCAGUUGUUUAUGCCUUACUGUGACAAAGGUAACCGGAAAUGGAGUCCGUGCUGGCCAAACUUAGGACUUGCUAAUUGCAGAAAUAAUAGUUGUAUACCAAGGAACUCCCAACCUUGAGGUCAAACCUUCAGGUCAGGGCUGCAGACGUCACUGCUGCCAAUGGGUUUUAAAGGGCACACUGUCUAGCUCCCACUUCCUCCCUGGCCCCAGACAACAAGAUUAAUCCUGAAUUGAAUUGAGUGUAAACUGCUUUCUUUUGCCCCAGGAAAACGGAUGGUUCUGCUUGUCAUUUCACACCACAGGCCGGCCUCAGGCACUGUGGAGCCCUCUCCUCAGAACUCUGGCUUCCAGGGGAGCUAAUCUCCAGGUUCACUAAGUGAAUUAAUUUAUUAUUAUCAUAUUGAUAACAUGGAUUCCUUAGCCACUUUGGGGAGCCACUCUCUCCCGGAGCCUUUCUUAGUGGUGCCCACUGUCACAGCCCAGGGGCCGUUGCUCACAUGACUGACAACACUGGUUCAUUGCCAACGCCUGAGUCUUUCUGUUCUUACCACAGGAAAUCUGUCCAUUAAAAACAGCAUGUAUAUGUAUGUGAACACAUAUGUGGAACAUAUAUGUGUGUGUGAACAUAUGUAUAUAUGUUUCCUCUUCUUGGGGAAACAUGCUUGAAACCAGGAAUCCUGACAACAUAACUGGAAACCUAGAGAUUUGCUGGGCGUCUCUCCUGCUCUUGAGAAGAGGCAAGAGGAAGAGGAAGCUUCAGCAGUUAAGGUUCUAGAUUGAAUGUCAGGACCAAUCCUGGUAGGAUUAGGGUCCACUUUUACCAAAGAACAAAUUCCUUCAAUGUCAUAAUCUAAUAUUUUAUGUUAUUGUCGCCAUUGUUGCUGUUGCUGUUUGAAGACAAGUCUCUGUCUUUUCUGUUUUAUUUUUCCAACAACUGCUUCCGGAGCUGACAGAAACUGACAAAGUCUAAGCCUGAGCAGGGUGUGGUGGCUCACACCUGUGAUCUCAGCACUUAGGAGGCAAGUUUUACACCAACCCGGGCUUCAGAGUGUAUUGCAGGCCAGUCUAGGCUAUGUAGUGAGAUCCUGUGUCAGCAAGACAAAAGGAAGAUAAAAACAUAAAACUUAAUCCUAUUUUAUGUGUGGGCUGAGGGUGUGGCUCAGUAGCAGAACUUUUGCCUAGUGUGUGUGUGUGUGUGUGUGUGUGUGUGUGUGACACCCUGAAUUUCAUUCUCAGUACCACUACCCCACAAAAAGAUUGAAAGAUUCUGCUUUGCUUAGUUCAUGUUUGUGUAUUAUAAUUUAAUUUUAGACUCCCCUGUAGAUGCUAUUAUUCCUUGAGUACCCUUCACGCUGAAGGAGGACGGCGGCUUAGUUUGUUUAGAAAAGCUUAAAAGUAGAGCCUUCCACAUGAGACGGAGUGCUUGCCAUGCAGCUUCACAGGAACUCGAGAACUUUCUGUGCAGACAGCUGCCUUUAAAGGGAAAUACGGGAGCCUCUUCAGAGCAGUGGGCCGCAUCCUUCAGACUCAGGUGGAGCAUGGUGGGGGUUUGCUCCAGUCCAGCUGAUGAUCGGUUGCUGUUGGCAACAGAUUUGCCCGGCAUUUUAAGUUGUGCCCACUGAACUUUUUUGACUUUCAAAGGUUGAACUUGCUGUUUUAAGCAUUUUGUGCAUAUUAGAAGUCCAAGGGGUGGCGAGUUGUUUAGCGGACUUUCUGCCACUGGCCUUAUUGCCUGUCGCUUUCCUUAGCCUCCUGCUAAGGCUCGCAAGGAAAGUGCUUGUCACACCCUUAGCCAGGGAGAGGGCUCUGUCACCUCACACCUCAUCCCUGACCACACCUUCUGUCGCCCAACCCUCCCCCCAAUAUUUAGUGUCUGGUGUCAGCAAGGGGAGCAUUCUUCAGUCACCCUUCGCCCUGGGUUUAAGCAGCCUCUCUGUUUGGAUCGCCUCGGAUCCGGUUUUAGUGAGCCCUCUUCCAAAGAGAUGCAGAUAAGCCGGGU